AUGAUUCCAGCAAUGAUGAACGAGAACGUUCCUGACAAAUGGCGUACACCUACUUUCAGUCAGUUCAGUUUCAGGAGGAAGAGUGUCUCGAAGGUCCCUCAAAACGUACAGGUUGGUGACUAUGGCGUGUACGCUCUAAAAAACAAUCCUCUCAAAGGUUUUAUCUGGCCACACGCGAUGUUGAACCAAGACGUGAUUCAAGAGAUCCUCUCUCAUUGUUCAGCGACGGAGAUUGCAAGAUUCCGUCUACAAAACAAAGAGUGCAACAAAAGAAGUUACGAGUUGAGAUUUAUCGAUCAUCAUCUCCAUAGAGCCAACUCUGUUUUCGGCUAUUUUGUUCAUUACGAGGACAAAUGGUUUAGGUAUCGGCCCCGUUUUGUCCCCAGCGUUGAAGCAGAACAAGAAGAAAAAGGAGAUAAAAAACAAAUCUCGCUUCAGUUUCUUCCUCAGAACAACGCAAAGAUCAAAGCUUGUGAUACACAUCAUGGGAUUUUGAUCUGUAUCGGUGAUAGGUUUAAAGGAGCGAAAAUGAUACCAGAUUACAUCGUUUGUAAACCUGCCACAAAGCAGUUCCGGAUCAUACCAAACCCUAAAACUCGAUAUCUGACGAUCACAACCGGUUUAAUGGUGAUUUCUUUGAAUCCGUUUCGGUAUAAGAUCAUUAGGGUUUCUGAACCAAGGACAUGGAUGACCAAGGAAGGUUUCUAUAUUCACAACCGUUAG